AUGGCAGCGAAAAAGGCUCGCCAGAGGAUCAGCUAUGUCCUCGAGCUUCCCAACUCCCAGCCCGGUGGCCACCGACUUGGCGUCAACGGACUCGCCAUUGACAAGACCAAUGCCAUUCUUUAUUCCGGCGGACGAGAUGGCGUCGUUUGCGCCUGGGAUCUCCUCGACAUGAAGGCUGGCGCAGCUGGCCUCGCGACUACCGACAGCACCAAGCCCAAAUCUUCCACCAAGUUCCGCGCUCAAACCCAGGCCCAUACGCACUGGAUCAACGACAUUGUCCUCGCCCAGAACAACACGGCACUCGUAUCUGCCUCGUCCGAUCUGACCGUCAAGGUCUGGCGCCCGCACUCCGAGACCCAGAAAGAUGCCAUCACCAUUGGCGAGCAUGCCGACUACGUCAAGUGCGUCGCCACCCCGCCCCACGAUCCGUCGGCCAACUGGGUUGCUUCCGGCGGCCUCGAUCGCAAGAUUUGCCUCUGGGACCUGAACGGCGGCGGCAAGACUCUCGAAAUCGACAACAAGGGCGAGGUCGCCGAGAAGGGCUCGAUCUACGCCCUGAGCGUCGCACCUCGUAUCAUCGCCAGUGGUGGUCCCGAGUCCAGCGUGCGCUUGUGGGAUCCCAGGACCGGCGACGCCGUCACCAAGUUUGUCGGCCACACAGACAACGUGCGCUCCAUCCUGCUCAACGAGGCCGGCGACACCGUCAUGACGUCCAGUUCCGAUUCGACAAUCAAACUCUGGAGCAUCACUGCUGGUCGUUGCAUGUACACCUUUACCAUGCACAACGAUAGUGUUUGGUCGCUCUACUCGGACGACCCGACAUUGGGCAUAUUCUACAGCAGUGACCGUUCUGGAAUGGUAGCCAAGACUGAUGUGCGAGGCACGCUCGAGGACAUGGACGACGGCCUGUCACUUGCCAUUGCGCAAGAGCAUGGCAACAUUAGCAAGAUUUUGGCUGCCGACGGCUACAUCUGGACAGCUACAUCUACAUCAUCCAUCAACAAGUGGCCCGAUGUCGACACGUCGUCAGACAUUAAGCUGCCCGAGGCUUACCAUCGACACCGGUCAGCCUCUGGAUCCACAGCACGGCCCAGGCAAGUGUCACCCCCGCCAGCUACCGAGUCUACAGACAAGAAGGAAGAGAAUAAGGAAAUUCCAGCGAAAUCGAUCCUCAAAAUCUCCAACACGGCUACAUUCCCGAAGCAAGUCGCUCGAGACCCCGAUGCGGCGAUUGGCGGCAAUGCCGCGGCGAGAAAGGGAUCUGAAAUUGCGCCCGACUCGACAUCCCAUGGACCCGAGCCCCUGUUCCACCUUCCACGAGAAACCAUCGAGGGCCAGUUCGGCCUGGUGAAGCACAAGCUCCUAAACGACAGGAGAAGAGUGCUGACGCUAGACACUGCUGGCGAUGUGCUCCUUUGGGAUCUGAUCCGGUGCGAGGUUAUCCAGAGCUACGGAAAGCGGCAUUUAGAGGACGUCGAGCCCGAAGUCAACACCCGUGAAGCUGUUGCCCCCUGGUGUUCUAUAGAUACGAGUUCCGGCAGCCUCACGGUUGUGCUUGAACCUUUCAACUGCUUCGACGCCGAGAUGUACGCCGACGACCUGGCGCCGGGCGAGGCGGUGGACUUCAGGGAUGACCAACGAAUCAACCUUGGAAAGUGGAUUCUUCGAUACUUGUUCGCGAAUGUCAUUGACGAGGAGAUCAAAAAGGAUGAGAUUCACCGCGCAGCUCUCAACGAGACGGUUGAGAAGAGGAUCGCCGCUGCCCGCCGAGUGGCCCCGCCCACCUCGAUCGAGAUGCCGACCAAUACAUUUGGGGGGGCCGAGGGCCCGGGAUCUGCAACGACACCGCGUGCUAAUGGCGCGCAGUGGGCGCCGACCCCUGGUCUUGCCAUCGGCAUGGCGACCCCUGGUGCCCGUCUGCAAGAUGUUCCGGAGGGCGCAGCUACACCGGCAAGCCCCUUGGAGAAGAGGACGUCGCACGCCAACCGCACUUCGGUGGAAAAUGGAGACUACUUCUCCAGCACUAUUGCACCGGCCGACGGCGCCUCGAAGGGUGGACAGACACCUGCGACGCCAUCAGAGCCCGCAGCAAAUGACGUCAAAUCGCCCGGCGCCGAGAAUGGUAAAGAAAAGGAGAAGGACGCGAACGGCAAGGCACCCAGCACGCCGUUCGGCAAGAAGAAGUUCCGCAUGGGCAUGGGCAGCAUGUCGUUUGGAAGCAAGAAGAUUGGCCGCUCGGCAUCGACCAGCACAGAGAAGCCUGCCGUUGUGGAUGAAAAGGCAGAGGAGUCUGAGUCGUCGUCAACACACGAGAAGGAAGUCGACGACAGUUUCCUCGGUGUCGUCCAGCGUAUUCGCAACGAAUAUGAAAAGCAACUCACCGACAGCCCCGACAAGAUUGUCGAAACGGGCAUCACGCCCAGUCUGUACAACGAUACGCCCGUCCUCAAGCUGCCUUCUGGUACCAAAGUAUUCAUUCAGGAGGAGACGUCUGGCUCGAGCGCCAACUUGUAUCAGGGCACGGUCGAGACGGUCGGCCAGGAUGUCGACGUCAUUGAGCAGCGUGGUCCCAUGUGGCUGGGAGAGGUGCUUCUGCAGAACCAGAUCCCGCCGAAAGACCCAGUCAAGGUGUCGUUUGUGUUGGUGCCGUGGGAGAACUCGCUUCCCGACCUGGCGGCCACGGAUGGCAACAACCGCCUGAACGCCAACAGAAUGCUGCGCGUCAAGAAGAUCCUGUCGUAUGUCGCAGAGAGGAUCGAGCCGCCUGUGACAGAGCCCGACCCAAAUGCGCUCAGGCCAGAUGAGUACCUCGAGUUGUACUGCAACGACAUGAAACUACCCAACACAAUGACGCUGGCCACGCUACGUGCACACGUAUGGAAGGGUGGUAAUGACAUCACGCUGCACUACAAGGCGAACGGUCGCAAGGUGAUUGAGAAUCCCAUCCCGACACCACAGGCAGCGGCACCAGUCGAGCCAGAGGCGGCGCCAGCCGAGGCAGGUGCCGAUGGAGCGGACGGGUCUGCCGCCCCUUUGACGCCGGCCCCAACGACCACUCCGGCAGCGACGACAACGGCGCCUACGACGGCAGCGGCAUAG